CGAGUGGGAAAGUCCAUGAAGCGAUGCAAUCACUGGAGGAUACGGCCACUACGCCGAGGAGACCCACAAAUCAUGCUACGCGAAGCACCGCAUCGAAAGUAACACAUGUGCUAGGCUUAAACCCACACCCUACUCACCAGAUAUGAACCCGAUCGAGGAGCUCUUUGCCGAGAUCAAGACGUACAUCAGACAACAGCGGAGCAACCACGCCGACCUCUUUGAGAAAGACUUCAGGACGUUUUUGGAAAUGUCUGUUGAUGUUGUCGGUUCUCGGCGGAGAGUGCUGAAGGUCACUUUCGUCACUCUGGCAUUUCCAUUGUAUAUCCUCGUGAAUGAUAGUGUUGUUACUAUAGAAAUAAAAUCGUAUUGUGCUAUACCUAUUCCUUCUCUUCUAGCCAAGCCUUGACCUUGCUAACAAAUUGGAUUGCAAUCCCUCGCUUUACCCCCUCUCAACAACGGACUUGGCUUCUAGAUCCUGGGCGGAGAAGAGCCG